ACACGCACUUUAUUAGGAACACCAUACUAAUAUUGGGAAUGGCCUCCUUUUGCUGUGAAAACAUAUUCCAUGAGAUAUUGGAAGCAAUUCUUUCAGAUUCUUGUCCAUGUUGACACAAUUGCACCACAUCAUUUCUGCAGAUUUGUCAGCUGCACAAUCUCCUGUUCCAGACCUGGUGACAUGGAGGGCCACUAUUUACACUGAAGUCAUUGUGUUUAUAGGCAUUUAGUCAGAAUAUGCAAACCAGGCUGUCUAUCUAAUCUAAAAUUGCACAACGAAAGCAAAGAGAGACACAAAAGUAAAAGUUUUAAAAUACAUUUUGCUGAUAAUACUAAGGUAGGAUUUUGAAUGCCGCAUUUUUACUUGUAAUGGAGUAUUUUAAACAGUUGUACCGUUACUUUAUCUCGAGUAAACGAUCUGAGUACUUUUUCCGCCUCUGAUUAAUGUGUUAAAACUAAUGUGCUAAAUCUGUGUUUUCCCUGUUUUUCCUUUUUGUCUACAUUCCGCGAAUGCGACAUUACCCGUUACUCUCAGUGGUUACCACGGGCAACGCUUAUAGAAAACUCGCUGCGACCAAUCACAGAACGAGAUGUUGCAAAGGAGCCAAUCAGCGGGCUCGUUUUUUCUAAUCCAAGCAACCGUCGGUUCCACGGACAGAAGUUGAGAUUUAUCUGGGAAACAUGUAACUUAGCACGCUAACAACGAGCUAUUUGGAUUUAGUACUUGUUUGUUUGGGUUUUAGUUGAUCCGAAACACCAUCUGAAUGUUGCCGUAACGUCUCGACAGAAUGAAAACCCGGGAUUCACCGCCGCCGCUGCCACCGGUUCACGUCCACGUACCGGAGACCACACCUGUACAUGUUCACAUGAGGAGAAGUCCCAGCAAGAUCCCACAGAACAGGCCAAAAGAUGUCCAGGUGAAGGGAGAAGGAGGGAGGCCGAAGGUCCGGUCGCCAUGGAUCCCUCCGGGAAGACUGUCAUGCCGAAGAGACGUGGGCUCAUACAAGUGCCAGAGAAGCAGAGCGCAGCAUCAGCCAGAAAGUGGGACCAGACGUCAGCGUGAUGAAGAAGAGCAGGAGGAAGAGACGACUUCAGCAUCCAGAAACCUCAGCAUCCUGCUCCGAGAGCAAGAAAGCGUUCGUCGUUUAAAGAAGUCAGAUUCUCGGGGUCAACACAGGGAGACAGACGUGCUCCUGAGGACGCUCGUAGAAGCAGAAAUCGACGGCGUAGCGGUAGCCAAUCAGCUGACAGCCCUGAAGGAAACUAUCGACAGCCUCGCCAAGGACAAGCGUCUUUCAAAGUCGCACGCAGCUUCACUGGGACGGCAGCAGGAGCUGCUGUUAGAGAAGAUCGAGAUGUUCGACAACACGAAUCAGAACCUUCGAGAGCUGCUCAGAGAGUGGAGUGAACACGAGAGAGAUUCUCUGGUGUGGUCAGAAGAGAAAGAAGCCUUGAAGAGGAGACUGGUCGACAGCGAAGCUCAGAACAUUCGACUUUCAGCCAAACUCACCAACAAGGAGAAAGAGGCGUCCAAGCUCGCCGAGCACUUGGACUUUGAAAAGGACAACGUGAAGACGACGGAGGAGCUUUCAAGAAUCCUGGAGUCAACACGCGACCAUCUGGAGUCUCAGCUGAACAGAGCAGAGGCUGAAAAGGCUCAGCUCUCUGCUCAGAUUCAGAGGAUGCAGCAGAGCCAGGAGCAGAAGCAGAAGGAGCUCCAGGCUCUGCAGGAGGAGCUGCAGACUCAGAGGCAGCGGAGGUCCGAGGAGGAGGACAAGCUGGAGAGGCGAGACCAGGACGCUCUGGCUCUGCUGACCCAGCAGGCCGAGCGAGCCGAGGCGUCCGCCAGAGAGCUCGCAGAGAAACUUCAGGAGAAGGAAACCCAGCUGGCUCAGGCUCUGUCCACGUCCAGUGACUGGUGCCUGCGACACUCCAGAGAGGCAGCUGCUAAAGGACAACGGGAGGAGGAGAUCUCUGCUCUCAAAUUCCAGGUGAUGGAGCUGAGUUCUCAGCUUCACUCGGCGGAGGAGAAGAGUCGGGCGGAGAGGGAGGCGCUCAGGGAUCAGCUUCAUCACCUCAGCGCUGAGAACGCCUCCACCACGCUGGACAACCAGAGACUCAGGGGUGAGUUGACGUCGUCUGAGGAGAAACUCAGAGGACUUCAGUCUGAGGCUCGACAGCUCAGGUCAUCCAUCAAGAAGUAUGAAAACCUGGUGGAGAAAUACAAGAAGAAGGUCCAGCAGGCUCGUCUGGAAUCGGACGAGUACUGCCUGAAGCUGGAGGUGAUGCAGAAGGAGGCACGGGAAGUGAAGGUGAGCCUGGAGACGGAGAAGGAGCAGGUGAGGAGGGAGCUGCUGGGCCGGCUCCGGGAGCUCGAGACGCUGCCCGACAGACUGAGGAGGACCGAGCAGCAGCUCCGAGACGCCCAGCAGGAGGCCGACGCCCACGAGAGGAGGAACGUGGAGCACAGCGCCUCCCUCUCUGAAGUCAGACACAAGGUGGAGCAGCAAGGCGCUCAGCUGGAGACGCUUCAGCAGAGGAACCUGCUGCUGCAGGAGGAGAACAUCGUCCUCAAAGAGAAGAUUCACAACUUCGAAAGGAAGCUGGAGGACACGAAGGCAGAAAACAAAGAGAUGUCUCAGGCUCUGAUCUCAAAGGAAGGCAGCGUCCGCAGCGUUCAGCAGCAGCUGGAGGAGAAGACUCACGAGUGCAGCGUCCUGUCCAGACAGCUGCAACAAAGUCUGGACGACGCACAGAGACAGGUUGAUGAGAGCAUGCAGAAGGUUUUGACCAAAGAGAGAGCGUCCCAGUCCAAAGCCCUGGACCUGCAGAGCCAGCUGAGCCGAGCCAAAACAGAGCUGAGUCAAGUACAGCGGAGCAAAGAGGAGUGUUUUGUUCUCCUUCAGAUGGAGCGUCGUUUCAAGAGUCAGCUGCAGAACAUGAAGGACAGGCUGGAGCAGUCAGACUCUACAAACCGCAGUCUGCAGAACUACGUUCAUUUUCUCAAAACCUCGUACGGAAACGUGUUCGGAGACUCUUUGCUCGCAAGCUGACGGCAAAGUUCAUCAAAUUAAUAAAGCUUUCUUUUUAUGAAAAAUUAGUUUUUAGUCACCUGGAAUUUAUUUAUAUCGUUUUGAAUAAAACACAUUUCUGCA